AUAGUAGGCGAAAGACCCGCGGGGUCGCUCAUGUACAUCGUGCAGCUAAUUAUAAUAGUGUUCGGGGGGUUGGCACGGUGCAUCCACGGUGGGGAUAGAGGGGGGCGGUCACCACCGACCUCACGCAGUCUCUCACGUUGCCUACGGAACCGCUGUCCUCCACACACAUUGUUACACUGAGCCUUCCUCUACCCAUACGCUCUGGACACGAACGAACUUCCGACCUAUACGCCGGUAACUCACUGUGACUCCAGUGCCGUGCAUGUGACUGUGCUCUAAUACUUCGAAAUUGGCCGAAAAUUGUGAUUGAGGUGCCGCGCGUCCCCCAAAGUGAGAGGUGAUAGCCGGCAACGGCCGGUAAAUACAAACAAUACCCGAAGUUCGUGACAAAAAUAACUUUUUUUGUUUGUUUGAUGAAAUGUCGGUUGUUUCUUCCGCGGCAUUUUCUCCAUAGUUAAUUAACUAUUUCACGGUGGGCCAAUCGUUACGUGGGUGUUUUUCAAGAUGGAGGGCGGUUGGGAAUCCCACGUAUCCCCUUUAAUGAUGGGCGUGGGGAUGGGUGAGAUACAGAAUAUGGCAGAUAUGCAAACACACGGACAGGACAUAUCUGGAGAUAUGUCCUUACAGCAUCAUCAUAAUCAUCACGAUAUGAGCGCGCAUAAUGACUUAAGCCAAGAUAUACAUCAGGAAAUCGAGCACCAUGAUAUGAGGUCUCAUCAUGGGGAUAACGGGGAUUAUUAUACUCAUCAGGAAAACGCGUAUAGAUAUACAACCAAAGAGCUUUUGGUGUCUGGUCAACCAACCACCAACUCAGGAUCAUCGCCAGUUUCUGGUGGUGGAUCAUUAAGUCCUGGCGGAUCAGCCGGUAUUCCAGGUGCUUUAUCACCAGGAGGGACUUCAUCUACUGGACCGACUCAGUGCUGUGAAUCUGGACGACCGCUUGUAACGGAUCCGGUAACCGGCCAAAGUGUAUGUUCUUGUCAAUAUGAUUCAGCUAGAUUGGCAGCUUUACAAUAUCGGAACGCUAGUGUUGGAGUAUAUGGUACUCCUUAUCCUUCGACUGACCAAAAUCCUUAUCCUAGUAUAGGAGUAGAUAGCUCGGCAUUUUAUUCACCUCUGAGUAACCCUUACGCCCUUAAAGAUGCAAGUGGUGCAGCUGACAUGUCAGCGUGGACUACGGCGGGUCUACAGCCUACGACUGGAUAUUAUCCUUAUGAUCCAACGUUAGCAGCUUACGGGUAUGGUGCCGGGUACGACUUAGCAGCCAGACGUAAAAACGCUACUAGAGAAUCUACGGCCACAUUAAAAGCAUGGCUGAACGAACACAAAAAAAAUCCAUAUCCCACGAAAGGAGAAAAAAUUAUGUUGGCAAUCAUAACUAAAAUGACAUUAACGCAAGUUUCUACGUGGUUUGCUAACGCAAGACGGAGACUGAAGAAAGAAAACAAAAUGACGUGGGAACCAAAAAAUAAGACAGACGACGAUGACGAUGCUCUUGUGUCCGAUGGCGAUGAUAAGGACAAAGAUGAUGAUGAGAAACGGGACGAAACAGACAUUCACGGUAGAAUAAAAUCAGAAAAUAACAAAGAAUUAGACGACGACGAUAUGACUGACGAAGAUAGGAAAGAUGACAUUCUUGGAACGAGCAUGCACCACAUCUUGGGUAACGGAUUCGGAAUGAAAUCCGAAAUGAAAACUUCAGAUUGCGGUGUACCACUACCUCCUUCAAAACCAAAAAUAUGGUCGUUAGCAGAUACUGCAGCUUGCAAAACUCCUCCACCUCCACCAGCGUCGCAGCAAUGGCUCGGAAGUAACGGUUUUGCACUUCCCAGUUCGAGGUACAGCGGUAGUGGGUUUUUACCUAGUCAUUGUCAACAGGGUUUCCCAGAAGUACAGACGGAUACGCCACCCCAAACUCCUCCUAGUAUGAAACUUCCUAGUGUAGCGAGUAAUUUAAUUCCUGGUCAAGGUCCUUGUAUAGGAUCGUCGUCUGGAAAUAGUGGGUAUUCCCAAUCAAGUUUUCUAGGUGGAUUUAGCAGAAUACAAUCACCUCAGAGGCCACCGGUUCCGCAAUCGAAUCAAAUGCCUCCUUCGACGACGGACAAUGCAGCCUUCAAGCCUUUUUAUAAAAGCUCCCAAACCAUGAACGGAGGGUUCGUGUCACCAGUAUGAGCCGCUCCCUCCUGGGCCUCGUCGUUUCGUCCACCUGAUUUGGCCCUAUCGAUGUCAUUGACAAUUAAUGGGCAAAGUGCAAAUGAAAUAAAUAUACAAUGUGAGUGAAGAACUCUGAGAUGCAAUCUGUUUGUACAUUUGUGUAAAUGCAUUUAUUUAUAUCUGUGAUAAAGAACAAAAGAAAGUUUGAUGAUGAUAAAAAGAUAACGAAGAAGACUUGUUGGCGACGAUGGAUAGAAGUAGUUCUAGGAAUUGUUCGCACUUUAAAUUUGUAAAUUAUUGUGUAUUUUCCAAUCACAUAAACCGAUCAGGCAACAGGUUUUCAAAUAUCGAAAGUAGAAACAGGAUAUUUCGAAUGCUUUUUCAACUAUUCAAAUAUCCCCUCAAAGCAAAUACUUUUUGCCCGAUCUACAGUUAUAGUAUCUAAUGGAUUUAAUACCAGGAUUAUAUAUUUAAAAAAAAAACUGUUUCUUAAUAGUUUCGAUCAAUUAAACAUGUCAACAACGGUUUUAUUUUUUUAAAUUCUAUACGAACUACUUUUAUAAUUAUGUUAAUGUGGCAAUCACAAAUUAUUAGAAUCGCUUAACGGUGGCAAAAAAUAUGUCGUGAUACUUUUAUGUGCAAUCAAUCAUUUAAUAUCUGGACCAAAACUUAGACGAAGCUGCUUUGUUAUUUAAAUGUUAAUGAUUAUCAUUAGUCAAAAAUAAUAUUGGGAGCGGCAUUAAAUCCAGUGUAUCAUAUUUUAUACAGGAUUGGGUAUGAAGCUGAUUAAAAAAAAAUCAUUAGUAAAACAAUGAAUUUUUUUUUAUCACAAUUCUUCAUAAUAUCUUUAUUACAAUUAUGGUUUAUAUUCUGUUGUAUAGAUUAACGACUCAUAUUUUGUGUAUUGAUAGGUUCAAGCUAAAUUUUGGCAUUAAACAAAAAAAAAACAACUACUUAACUGGCUAUAUACCGCGACGGAUAUUGAAACAAAUUUAAGACAGUUUAGCAAAUCAUUGAUUGUUAUAUUUAAUUGAAUUAUUACUAAAUAUCUUCUGUUGAAUAAAGAAUUUGAACGGUAUAGCAUCUGGUACAACAUGUGAAUGAUUACCAGCAAAAAAAUGGUAUGAAACUAAAGUAAGGCUCAGAACUAAUACAGAAAUACAUAUUCAAUGUUUAAAGAAGUAAUUAAAUUAUGUGAAAAACAAAGAUAUAAUGAAUCUUCAAUAACUGUAAUAAUUUCUCUAAUUACGUCUUUAUUUCUAAAGAAUGUCAGAUUUAGAUUUCUGAUACAAUUCUUUAAUAUUUAAGAGACAAUUCAAAUAAUAGUAAAUCUAAUUAACAAACAGUGCAAUCCUCUAAAAUGUAUUUAGAUGAUUAAGUAUAUGGACCAUCAAUUUUUUCAUACUCGUUACAAAUUUGUUAUUUUUUUAUGAAAUAUUUACAAACUUUUAAACACAUCUAAUAUUUAAUUGGGAAAAGCUAACAAGCAACUAGUUCAUUGUAUUAUUUUAAGUAACUUGACGUACAAAUUUACUUUCAAUUUCAAAAAUAACCUUACUCGGUUUAUCAAAUAUUUGAAUUGAGUUUCAAUGUUAUUUCGUGGUCCGUUUUCAAAGACAAGAAAGUAAAAAAUAUUCCCACUUCAAGCGUUUACUCAGCUCAGAUAAUAUCAAACAUUUACAGACCACCAAUAAAUGUUCCAAUAUGAAAAAUUUAUAAAAAUUUCAUCAUAACAAAGAGUUAUUAGAAACUAUAUUUAAAAUUUACGACGAUGAAGGGAUUAUUGCAAUUUCGUUAUUAUUGUCCAAAGUGGUAAAUGGAAAGGUCACAAACAUGUAUUAUUCAUCAGAAAAUUGAUGGCACAUGAAAUUUUGGAAUACCAUAGCAAAAGGAGGUAUCCACUCCUCCUCUUUUCUCCAUUAUCCUCCAAAAAGGAUAAAGUGACACCAUUUAUAUUUGAUUCAGCAGUUUGUUCCAUGCUUGCCAAUCUUUUCGCCAUGAUGCAGUUUCAUAUUUAUCAAGGAUUUUUUUGGUCUACCCAUCUACUUGGAGAUCUACCUCUUGGGCGUUUGCCUUCUUUCCCUGAUUAAUCGUUCCAUUAUUCAUGAUCUUCUAGCUUUGUCCCAGUAGUUUAUUCUGGUUACCAAUCUCGAACCAAUUUCUUGUAAUACGGAUACGUUGGUUGGUAUUCAUGAUACUCGUAAGAGUAGUCUAAAAACCCACAUUUCGAAAGCCUCUAUUCGGUUUUUAUCUGCUAGAUGGAGUAUUGAGUUACAGAUAGUUAAAAUUGUUAACCACUUUGUAACCUGCAAUUUCUGAUAUUUGUGAAGAAUUGUGGUCUCUGAUAACAGACAUUUUGCUCAUGAUUUCUAUUAUCGCUGGUAUGGUUAAUACUAUGACCGGUGUGUCGUCGGCGUAGCGCAGGUUGUUGAUCCUCUUUCCGCCAACUGAUAUUCUUUCUUGUCACUCAUCUAGAACCUCUCUCAUGAUGUAUUCGUUAUAAAAGUUAAAUAAGGUAGCUGUCUAGCUCCUGCUGCCGUUCUGAAUGUCCCCGAGUAAAGCCCAUCGAUUCCGACUUUCGCGUGGUAUUUUGGCGUUCUCAUUUCCCCUAUUAUGGUCCAAAUAUGGCUCCAGCUAACUUCAUCAAACGCUUUUUGAUAAUCUACAAAACAGAGAUACAUUGGACUAUUAAAUUGUCAAUAAAUUGUCUGAUAUAGGUAUCUGCACAUUUCUGCAUUUUGUACCUCAUACAAUCCUCCGUAGAAUUAGUAAUAAGUGACAAUUUGCUUAACGAAAUUCAUCUAUAUCGUUGGUAUUCUUCAAAAUUAUGUUAUAAUUAACUAAACAAUGUAUUAUAAUUAUUAAUAAUUGAAUUAAUAAUCAUAAUAUUUUUUUUAAUGUUUAUUUUUGUUAAUUCUCUUUAACGCCUUAGCUACACAACGAUGUGGGUCCCUCUUCUAUACAACGAUGUGUGCCAACAAAAAAUAUGCAUUUGAAACUCGAAAUAUUAAAAUAUAAAUGGAAUUUAACAGCUCCUGAACGUACAAAGUUGCCUAAUUAAUUUCUAAAAGAAAAAGUUGCUGACAGCCUGUUUUGAUUAGAAAGCUCUUCAUAGUCUUCGUGAGAUUUCUAGAAAUUUGUUACAAAUAGUUCACUACACCAUAAAUCGUUAAGAUCGUAAUAAAUAAAAUUAUUAUCAUUAGACACACACUAUGUUGUUGAGUAUUUUUUUUGUUGCAAUACAUUUUGAUACGAUUCAAUAUUCACUCACCCCAAUAUUUUUGCUUCUUUGAAACAUUAAAAAUGACAAAGCUGGCUAAUGUGAAACUAUGAAAUAAAGAAAAAUCUAGUUUACGUUUAAAUGUAAAAAAGAGAAUCAAAUAAACUAUUGUUAUAAUUUUUUCAUAAAAAGUUAUUAUUACCUAGAAAUUAUCUGUGGUAUUAAUCCUAGAUGCAAUCACAGAGUCGUUCUAGUUGUACUUCUGGUUUUACAUACUUAUUAUUGUUAUGUUCGUUUUUUAAAUAAUUAGACAAUUGUUGUGUAUAAAAAAAUACCAUAUCAUGGAUUUGUAAGAUUCUAUUAUUAAACUAACAUCAUUUUUGUUGGCUUCGAGCCGAAAAGUUGUAAAUUAUUUUAUCUGUUUGUAAAUAGUUCAAUGUAUAGAAGGAUAUUAUGAUUGUCUUGAUUAAAGUAUUAACAGAGACUA